AACAUCGAGGAAAGUUGGAAAGGGCACGCUUUUUGGCGAUAGAGAGUUGCAGAUAACAAGAAAUUUUAGGCGUUGAGUGAACUAAAUUUCGGAAUAACAAUGUCAUUUGCCAGUCUUUGCCAGAGAUUUUCAAGGAUGAUGACAACCAGUUUGAAAAGGAAUAAUUUCUUAAUGAAUACUUCCCCACUGGUGAGCCAGGGUGUCGAACCCAGACCAGGAGGUUCCCUUAUUUUACAGAGGUUUGAGACCCUCAAUCAGAUGCACAGGCGAGGCCCCCUUCCCUUGAAGAUGAAAAAACAAAACAAAUAUCUAUGUGGCAAUGCUUACCGCAGAGGUGUAGUAUUAAAAUUAGUGAUUAAAAGACCAAAAAAACCUAACUCUGCCCAGAGAAAGUGUGUUCGAUUAAAAUUAAGCAAUGGAAAGGAGGCUACAGCAUAUAUUCCAGGGGAGGGACAUAAUUUACAAGAACACAGUAUUGUCCUGGUGCGAGGGGGUCGACUUCAGGAUGUCCCUGGUGUGAAUUUACAAUGUGUACGAGGAAAAUAUGACUUGGCACACGUCAAAAAGAAAUGAAUGUAUACUUUUUAUACAUAAUUAAUGGAAUUUGCAAUUAAAAAUUAUUUGAUGAUGAA